AUGUGUGGACGCAAGGCCCUGCAGCGCGGUGCCGAGUCGGGAGGCCACGGAGCGGGUCAACCAGGACCACAGGGUCCUCCUGGUCCAAAGGGUGACAAGGGUUUGCCAGGCUACCCCACAAUGGCCGCUCUCCAUAGUAAUCAGAUCCUCACCGUCAAGGGUGAUCAAGGACAGGCAGGGCCCCCAGGCCCACCAGGACCUCCUGGACCACCAGGUCCCAGGGGUCCCCCAGGUGACACUGGUAAAGAUGGACCAAGAGGAUUAUCUGGAGUCCCAGGGGAACCAGGAAUUCCAGGGGAACAAGGCUUAAUUGGUCCAAUGGGGCCUCCUGGACAAAAGGGGGAUCAAGGUGCACCUGGUUUAGAUGGCAUUCAAGGGAUGAAGGGUGAUCAAGGAGAAAGGGGGGAAAGGGGUGAGAUGGGGGAAAGCGGUCCUACAGGUGGACCAGGAGAAAAGGGUGACCCAGGAUCAUCUGCUGCUGGCAUAAAGGGUGAACCAGGAGAAUCAGGCCGUCCAGGGCACAAGGGUGAACCAGGACUGCCUGGGCUACCUGGACUUCCUGGGAUAAAGGGGGAACCAGGAUUUCUCGGCCCUCCUGGAGAACCUGGAUUGCCAGGCUUACCAGGGACAAAGGGAGAACGUGGUGAACUUGGACCUCCAGGAAGAGGAGAAAGGGGUAUUCAAGGCGUACCAGGUCCAAAGGGAGAAACUGGGGAACCUGGAAAUAGAGGCCCAAAAGGGUCAAAGGGAGAUUCCGGAAGCAGCGGUGAUGCAGGUCCUACUGGUCCCAGAGGACCCCCAGGCCAAAAGGGCGAUCAAGGAGCAACGGAAAUCAUAGAUUACAAUGGAAAUAUUCAGGAAGCAUUGCAGAGGAUUACUGCCAUUACAGUUACGGGACCUGCAGGACCCCCUGGACCUCCUGGUUUGCCUGGAUCAAAGGGAGAGGGAGGCCCUGUUGGACCUCCAGGAAUUGAUGGGGAGCAGGGGCCUAAAGGUUCUAAAGGAGAUCGUGGAGAAACUGGCAUUUCAGGAGAAAAAGGGGGAAUUGGUCUACCUGGGUUGCCUGGUGCAAAUGGAAUGAAAGGUGAAAAGGGAGAUCAUGGUGCACCUGGUCCUCAUGGGGCUUCUAUCAUAGGUCCUCCUGGUCCACCAGGUCCUCAUGGUCCCCCAGGCCCGAUGGGUCCACAUGGAGUUUCAGGUCCAAAGGGUGAACCAGGGUUAAAUGGUCUUAAAGGAUUGAGGGGUGAGCAAGGUCAAAAGGGUGACAGAGGACCACUGGGUCUUCCAGGAGCAUCUGGCUUAGACGGAAAGCCAGGACCCAGGGGUACAGAUGGGCCACUUGGUCCUCCUGGUCCAGCAGGUCCAAAAGGUGACAGGGGAGAAAAAGGUGUUGUUGGCGAUCCAGGGCCUAGAGGACCAUAUGGUUUACCUGGCAAGGAUGGAGAACCUGGCCUAGAUGGUUUUCCUGGUCCUCGAGGAGAGAAAGGAGACCCAGGAGAAAGGGGAGAAAAGGGGGAAAAGGGAAAGAAAGGCAAAAAAGGGCCUAAAGGGGAGAAAGGAGAACAGGGUGCCCCUGGAUUAGAUGCACCUUGCCCGUUGGGACCAGAUGGACUUCCAAUGCCCGGCUGCUGGCAGAAGUGACAAAUCUAACCAUGCAAGCAUGAAGUUGUAUAUAAUCAAAACUUUGUAUUUAUAGAGAAAAACAAGAUGAUUUCAUAUGUUUACAUAUACCUUCUUCUACUUGUCCAUAAGUCCAUCUUUUACCCACUUGCACAAGCUAUUUGGCAGUAGUCAAUGCUACUGUUGGAAUCCCCAGGAUUGAAGAGAUUCUUAUUGCUUUACUUGUAGACAUAUUUCCACAGACUUGAUGAUCAUCUGGGAGUCGGACCAGUUCACUGGAUACAUAAUGUCGAUUACAUUUCCCUGCUCAUGCCAAAUAGCACCAGUGACUUGUGUCAUUUAACAUGUUUGUACAGACUAAUGGCUUGCAUGAAUCAUGUCUAAGAGUUUGCUGUGUGGUUGAACCUCAGCUAAAUGAUUGCUCUUUAUUGGCUACUUAAGUAGAUCUCUUAAUAUCUUUUAUUCAUCCUAAGGGAGUGACGCCAUGGCUUGUAGCAAGGAAGAGAUAAGGCUGACAUAACAGUAACUUUGCUCAAAUUCGGAGAUCCGACAGUAGAUGUUUAAUCUCCAACCUGGCAAGUCAUUCUUCUACUGAGGCAUAAAGGUCCUGAUUGUCUUCAGCAUCUUUGCAUUCCAUGCUACCCAGUGCCCCCCCGGAAGUAGAAGAUAUAUGGGCAUAUGAUGGCUACUGAAUAUGUUUCUACAUAGAUUGGAGUUGAGUUGUAAAAGCUUAGGUCUGUGGGAAUGGAGAAGCUCCACUGAAGGAAUCAUAUUGUACCUGUACAGAAGUCCUUCACCAUGCAGUUUCUCAGAAGCUAAGCAGUUAUGAAGAUCCGCCAUGCAUAAUUGUAUGACAAGAGUUUGACACCCACACGUUUAAAAUGUACGCACCUCUAUGACAGGAUUGGAAUCUAUAUUAUGUUCAUGUUUUUAUGUUAUUUUUAUUAGAAUGUUUUAUUACAUUCAAAAAAUGUGCUACAUAUGUUUAUUACACAGUGUUAGGAUUGCCAAAUGGUCUUGCUAUGUGCCAUUGCCUAACAUGCUGAUAAUCGGUAACCAUGCCUUAUUUUUGCUAUUGUGCUUUUGUUCUGGAAGCCUUGCCAAAAGUGUCAAUCUUUCGUAAAGCAAUUAGAUGUGCAUACAGCAGUUACGCCAUUAUUGUGUGACUUCUGUUUAUCUACAUAUUCCAAACAUGGGAAGUGGUUACGAGUAUAGCUGCUUAUACAGUUAUAGAUGUAAUAUAUUAUUCAUGUCUACUUGUUACAGAAAAAAAUGUUUAUUUUUGGUUUUAUUCUACUUUAAAAAAAAAAGGAAAAAGAACAAAAAAAAACAUUCUGUUCACUGAAAGUUAAAAAACGUUAUUUCGGGGCUGUGUGUUUUCAAAUGAACAUUUCACAAGUAGACAUAUACAGUAUAUAUGUCUUUAGUCGGUGUGCUACCUUCUGAUUUUAUUUUACUGAGUCUGAAAGCUACUAGUUUGUUGCUGACGUUAAAGCACAAACUGACUUAUCUUUGUACGAUGACUAAAAGCUCAACGUGACCCAGAAGACUAUGUAGUGGCAACAGACUUCAUUUUAUUACUGAUAUAUUAUGAGAAGGAUGUGGAUACAGUUUGUUAAUUCUGUUCUGCUAUAACUCCAUUCUGUAUGGAAGGGAUUUUCCUAUCCCCUAGCCAACAGAAUCCACACAGGUUUCACAUUCUGUGUGGCAACAUUAAUGCCAUCAUUUUGAAGUGUUUAUAUGAGAUUAGGUGACUAAAAUAUAUAUUUUUUACUGCCAUGUAAGUAAUUAUUAAAAUUGAAGGAAGUUUUUGCGUACACUUAAGCCAAAUGAUUUGAUGUCCCCCGAAGCAUAUGUUUGUUCUUAAUGAAGUAGGGUGGCUGUUUUUUUUAAUACAUUUUCUGUCAUUUUCUCUGUCAUUUAAAGGGAACCUGUGAUAUUGAACAUGCGGCCUGAUCAGCUGGCAGUAUGUUAUAGAGCAGGAGGAGCUCAGCAGACUUAUAGAGAAUUUUAUUUGAAAAGAUUCUGUAUAACUUGUGAUCUAUUCAUUAAAAUCUCUGCUCAUUCUGGGCUAAGGAGUCCAGUGGGCGGUUCUGUUCAGGGAUUGACAGCUAUCUCUGUAUGUCCACUGAAGUGGGGAUGGCUAGGAAUGAUUGAGUGAGAUGGCCCACUGGACUUCUAAAGCAUAAAACACAAGUUAUACUGAAUCUUCUCCGACAGAUAUAUCAAUCUGCCCAGCUUCCCUAGAUUUACACCAUAUUGCCUAUAGUUUUAGACUAGUGUUAGACAGUAAGACAUUUUACACGAUUCUUCCACAUGUUCAGUGCUCAAUUUGUUGGAACAUGACGUCAUUUUGAGAAAUUGUUGGUGACAUUAAUUCUCAUAGAAAAGGUUGUAUUUUUUACAUAUGUUUGCCAAUGUGUGAUAUUUUACUAUGUAGUUCUACUAGUUGUUUAACCAAUUAUAUAAAGUUGGUUUUGUCAUUGUCUCUAUCUACAUCAAAUGUUGCAGUUCCUGGAAAUAUUGCUGUAUUAAUAUUGAUGAGGUUUAUUUAGUAUGGAGUAUUCAUUCACAAUAGUUCAACUUGUAUACUAGGGAGUAACUAUAGGGGGAAAAGAGGCUACAUGAGAAAAUUCCAGUAGUAUAAAUGGCAUGUAUCUUCAGGGGUUCAUGUUAUUAAUCCACUCUUUCCCUGAGUAUACUACAUUAGUCUAAUCUGACUGAGGCAUUAGUAUAGAUGAGUAAGGCGACCUGCUAAGAAAUAAAUACAAUUGGAAUUGCCUUCACAGGCACAACAAUGGUACACACUGGUAAACAUUUCUGAUGGAUUAAAGGGGUUCUCCAGGAAUUAUUUACAAUAGCCACCAGCAGCCUGUCCUACAGUGUGAGUAGGACUGGUUGCUUCCAUUUGCAGAGCUGCCUAGGGGAGUGAAGGAGUGGGACCUAACUACAUACUGCAUUGGCACUUGAAUAUACUACGUAUUGGUGAGUGAUCCUUUCAGGCUGCUCAGCCAUGGUGACAUAUCAUAGGCAGGAUCACAUCAUUAUCAUCUAUGGUAGAGCAGUGUAGUGUAUAGGGAGGCCAUGGCCCCUCACCCACUAAGCAUCUCUGCAGGUGGAAGCAACCAGUCCUACAUAGUAGGAUAGGUUGCUGGCAGCCAUUUUAAAUCAUUCCUGUAGAACCCCUUUAACUAGAUCUACAUUACAAAUGUUUACCAGUGUGUACCAUUGUUGUGUCUGUGAAGGCAAUUCCAAUUGUAUUUAUUUCUCAGCAGGUCUCCUUACUCAUUUAUACUAAUGCAUCUAAUACUAAUACAAACUUUCUUCUAUAGGCCCGUUAUGUGAAAUUAAGGUGGGUUUGCAGGGCCUGCUGGGUCCUGUAAAACCAAUUCAAUGUAUCUGAUGUCUGACCAUUAUAUAACUUGUAUUCUUCAUUAAUCACCAGUUUUCUCCUCUGCAGACUCUAUCUCUAAUUGUCAGGUGUCCCUGAGAUAGUAGGUAGAGAUAAGUUGCUAUAUCCUCUUCACCCCCUAUGAAUUCAGCACUGCAGUGAGAUAGUAUGCAAAGAGGUACCUUAUCUCCCAAGGAAGAGAACCAUCUCACUUCUGUCGCCUCUUGGAAGUCGCUCUCUAUAUGAGUCGAUAAUUUGACUUUCCAACAAUCUUUGGAUUUAACAAGGGAAUAUAGCCAAGCCAGAUAUCCAUCCAGUAUAGCUUGGGCAUAUUCCCUUGUCAAGUGCCAAAGCUUGUUGGAAAGUCGGAUUUUAACUUAUAGGGAGCCACUUCCAAGAGGCGGUACUAGUGAGAUGGCUCUCUUCCUUGGGAUAUAACUGUUGGCAUAUUUAUUUCCCAUGAAGCAUUGCCACUAAGUAUCCAUAACAUGGAGUACUUCCAGUACAUUUCCAUACAGGACUGGUUUCUUUAAGGAGAUCCAGCACUAUGCCUAAGCUGCAGUGAGACAGAAAACACUAUACUCAUCAGCAGCAUCUCUGUGUGUCUCUCUGCCUCUCUUACCCUCUGCAGCUGCUUCUUUCAUCUAUCUCACUCUCUCCAUAGACUUCUAUGGGUAACAUGUAACUCGAUCCCUCAGUGAGCUGGUUGUCCAACUUUCCUGUCAAGAUGGAUUUUAGCUGUGAAUUCAGAGGGAUUUAUCAGUGCGGUAGGCAAUGGGGAGGAUAAAAAGUGACUCAUAAGUGAAGAAAGGCAUCUUUCUCAAAUAAUAUAUGUUCCAAAGCUUCUUCACAUAUUGAUUUAUGCAAAGUUUUAUGCAACGUUUGUUGAAUUAACGGUUCCUUUUACAUUUAUUUAUUGAUUGCCUUCCAUUCUUGGAUUCGUUCCACACCACUACCUCCAUAUAAGCUACCAUUUGUAUUUUUUAAGACUUAUAUCUUAUACAGGAGGAGUAUAUUAUACAGAUCAAAAUAUAUCAGUAAUUAAAAAGUUGGAAUUGAAAAGUUCUUUAAGAUUUGAAACCCUUCACCCAAAAUGUACUAAUAUAUGAUAAUUUUAUGGGAGUGUCUGAGAUUAGAAAAUGAGACCUCCAUUUUUCCCAGAAAUCACACUUUUCCCUACAAUUAGCCCUAUAAAAUGUACAAUGACAUACAUAUCAUGAGUUUCAUUAGAAAGUUAAUAUUUGCAUUUUUUAUAAUAAAGUAGAUACAUUUUCAUUCUGUAUAUUUUUAUAGCAUAUUAGCACAUUUUUCUUAAAAAUGUUACUUAAAGGGGUUCUUCCAUGAUUUAUGUAAACAAUGAUAAUCAGACAUCAUCUAAUACAUGAUGAUCUCUUCUAUCAAAACUAGAACCAGUCCUGUACUUCAUAUGGAUCCAGAGAUCUCCCCAUUAAUUAUUCCAAAUGAUCUGCUAGAUUUCUUUCAGGCUGGCAGUUCAGGUGUGUGUGCUUGUCAUUUCUGCUGCAGUCUCUAACAGAUGAUAUAGCUGGUGACAGUUGAAGAUUUAAACUGAGUCUGUGUGACCACCCCAGUGAGGUGGACAAGAAAUAAGGAAAAGAACAAACAGGUGGCGCUAUACAGAUACAUUUUAUUGAAUAGCUCAGUGGCUAUACUACAUUUUUCAUUACAUAAAAUUACAAACGUAUUAAGAUCCAGGAGUUGGUUUGAAAAAUGUACAAUAUUUUUUGUGGAAUAAACCCUUUAAAUAGUAUUAUCCGCUUGAUAUUCUAAUAGGAACUAUGUUCAGUGUAUAACUACUUAUACAGGUGGCUGGUACUUAUGCCAGCCACAGGAUUGAAGUUACAGACAUUGUAACGCUUCAAUGAAUUCAUACUGUUAAAGCAUUUUAAACCAUAGCCUUUACUUCCUUUGUGUUUGAUGGAUUUCUUAUUCGCUAUCUAUUCACAGCAGUCUGCUAAGUGCAGCACUCCAGUGGCUAACAAGGCAUGUUGGGAGUUGUAGUUUCCAGCCACACAAGAGUCAUAGUUUGAAUGCCACCGAGUUUACCAUUUUGUUAGAUAAUCAGACAAGUGUACCUAUACUGGAAAUGUAUAUGUGAAUACAAUGUAGUAUAUAUUUUUUUGUCAUUUUUGAAAGAUGUAUGUAUGUUCUUAUUCUUUAUGUUGAGGUAUACAUAUUUUGUGUAUUUUCAAUUUUUGUACCUUUUUUUAAACACUGUUGAUUUUAUUGUUUAGAUUGUUAGUUUUUUUUAUUUUAUUUUAGAAUGCAGCAAGAUACUCAACAUAUUUGGCUGUGCUUUUCAGUAUUAUGCUGCUAUUGUGAAAAGGUUCGAUGUUGUAACCAUUCACAUUGGAAAUUGACCAUUGUACUAUGAAGAAAUAAAGUUGGAUGCAAAUAGCCUUAUAAAAUCUCAAGCAGACACUGAGACUUAUUAAAGGGGUUUUCCCAUCUUGCUAAUUCAUCAUCGCCUGCAGCCAGCUCUGCUGUUCACUUCCU